AUCUGAAGCAGAAAACCUAAAUUUCAAUUAAAGUCAUCACCUAUUUGUUGAGAUAUUUAAUUAACUAACAAAUAUUUGUCAAGCAGCUGAUACAACACUUUUUUCCCGUAGGCAUAUUUGUCUUGGACUGGCACAUAAAUGCUUCCAAGUUACAGUAAAUCAACAACAUAAAACAGAAGAGCAGCUGCUGUGUCUGACAGAUCCUGCACCCGCCCCAUGAUAAGUCUGUACAGAUGCUUUAUACAUCUUCAGUAGCUGAAGGUAGUUGUGUCUACUGUUUGGAGUCUUCUGCUGUGUCUGGAUACAAUCCUGUAGACAAACACCAGAAUCACAGGUUAUGGCCCUUAAAUCACAUUCAUUUUAUAAUAACAGAUAUUUGGUCAUAAUUUUCCAUUUAAUAUGAUGUAUUCUAUCUGUGAAGUGUUUCAGGAUACUGUAACCUUUCAUACUGUGACUGGAGCAUCUGAGAAUUAAGAAAUGUUACAACUGAAAGUCUUUCAGUACACUGGACAUACAUUUGAGACAAACAUAACUGUCAUUAAUAAUUAUUAGUAUACAUUUAUUGUCAGCAUUCUUUAUCUGUGUGAUGUCAAGUAUUGGUGUUCUGAUAUUCAGUAUAUAACUGAAAAUAGUUGUGAGUGACAACACAGUCGCCUCUUUCUUGAUCGAUCUGCCACAUAAGACAACACAAAGAGAGGACCAUGAACCCGCCUGCUGUCAGUGGAACAUUUUCAGGCGAGCCUUGAACACCACACCAUCGUGAAGACGAAGAAACAAUGACUUCAGUCUUCAUCAUCUUCACUUUGGCAACAGCAGCUCUGGCAAAAGGAGUGAUUGAAUGUAAUUUCCUUGAACAUACUGGACCUGGACUGUGUUCUGGAGCAGUGGGACAGCUGCUGAUUUUUCAUCUGACGGUUGCAGUUAAUCCAGAUAUCGUGCUGAAAAAGGAUAACAAGCACAUGAUUUUAAAAGUAAAAAAUCACAGUGUGACUGGGAAUAAUGAGGAAUAUGAGUCAUUCACCAACGGAAUAUUAAAACUGGGGAAGGCAACGAAAAGACACUCUGGAGAUUACCUGUUGGAAGAAUAUGGAUCUAAUGGAAAUUUACUGAAAAAAAUCAAUGUGCAACUAGAAAUAACUGCCACAGUGUCAAAGCCGGCUGUGUCUCAGGUGUGUUUGUCUCCAGACCUGAUGAACAUCAGUUGCUCCUCAGAGGGAGAUGCAGUCGAGUUCACGUUGACGUUGGACGGUCACUUACUGCUGCGGACUGAAGGCUGCAGCCUGCGGCAGAGCAGCGGGACGAUAAACCAUCAGACUGAAGACAGAUCCAGCGUUUCAAGUGUCACCGUCAGCUUGUACGGUCAGCUGACAGGACACUUGAUGUGUCAUGUUGGGAACAAUGUGAGCAGAGAUGAAACCGUUGUUCACCUGACAAACUGUGGAGAAGUUUCUUCCGUCUGUGUUGUGACUGUAGCUGUGACAGCUGGUGUUGUCUCUCUCCUUCUGCUCGGGCUGCUGUGUCUUUGGAUUAAACGUCUUCGGAACCAGUCGAGACCCACGACUGUUGAUGAGGGCAACGGUGAAGCUGAAAUUAUCUACUCACAUGUGAGAGUGACACAGAAACCAAGAGCUUGACUGACCCAACACACAUCACAGAGCAGCAUCACUUUAUCUUAGACAUGACAAGACAGCGUGAGCGUGGCUGGACAUUAUCUAACCUGAGAGAGAGAAGAUGGGAUCGUGUUGCUGUGUCUUGAUUUUCCAGUGAAGGUUUUUCUUCUGUGAUAAAGGAACUUGUUAACAUCUAUGUUGCAGCGAGGCCGAUUUCACUGCAAAUUAAAUGAUGAUUUAAAAGCUGCUGUAUGUUAUUCAGCUUUUGCUUCUCAUAACUGUGUUUCAUGUGAUUUUACAUUCUCUCAUUUGUAUUUUAACUGUGUCACUGCAGAUGAGUAUUGUACAUUAUGUACAUUUAAUUAAUUCAGUGUUGGAUUUUUCAACUUGUAUUUUUUGAUUGUUAUUAAUUUUUUUAUGUUGAUCAUAUACAGUCUUUGUGUGAUUGGGAUAUAUGUGACCAUAUAUUAUACAGUAUAAAUUGUUUAAUGCUUAAAGCUUCCCGUUUUAAAAUUUUGGAUUUUUUAAAAAAAAAGUCGCUCUUUAAACCAUUUAUGUACUCUUCUUAAAAUCAGUGUCAUAACUUCCAGUGACAGUCAUCACUCAUAUUUUUCAUGUCAAAAUUUUGAUAAAGAACUGAAACAGACAUACUGUUUAUACAGAAUGUAUUAUUUCAACUUUGAAUUGUAAUUACUAACUGAUGUGGUUAUGAAUUGACAGUAAAUAGUGAAGUGUAGUGAAGUGAACUGGUUGUACACCAAGUAACAGCAGAGAGCUUGAAGUACGUGAUGUAGACAGUGUAAGGAUCAUUAUUCAACAAGGUGGAGCCACAUUUAACAAUGAUCAUGAAAAAAUGCUCAUUAUUUGUUCAGUGUGUGGUUCCUGUCUCCAUUCUAGUGUGGCUGUUUAACACCAGCUGUGACAUUAUGUAGCUCCCCUCACCCCCCUGACGGCCUCCCAGGAGCUCUGUCUUAGAGCAGUCAAGCUCAAAUCUGUAAACUUUAUUCUAGUUUGUCACUGCUUUUUAUUGAAGAAAUGUUAAAGCAUUGAACUGCUCUGUGACUUUUAAACCUUUUUUAUUUUAGCCUGCUUCCCAAUUUCUUAACUUGUUUUCAUGGUUUGUUUCUUGGUGUCUUUUUAAAUGUAUUCUGAUGUUAUCUGUAUGCUCCUGUAAAGCACUUUGAGUUGACUUGUGUCUGAACUGUGCUGUACAAUUAAACUUGC